ACGACAUGGUACACUUUAUUCCAGAUUAAAACAAUCGGAAACAGCAUUUGUCGAAAACUUAUCUCAACUGUCAACAUGCUGAAAGGAAUCGCUGUCGUUCUAGUCGCUGUAUUUGCCUUCGUGGUGUGUGACAAUCACCUCUUCCGCAAUGCUGAUAUCGACAUGGACGGCCAUCUCGUGGAGUCCGAGUUUGAUAUGAUAUUUGACCACUGGGAUCGUAACAAUGACUCCCGGGUGAGCGAAUACGAGUUCGCUGAAGGCUGGCGAAUGGACGAUUGGGAUGAUGAUGUCAAUGCUGUUCUGGAGUUCCAUCUGUUUGACGUCAACGAUGACGGUUAUAUACAGGAUGUGCCAGAUCUCAGGCAUCUUUUCAAAACAUUCGACAACAAUGGAGAUGGGCAAAUCUCUGCAUCUGAAUUCAGAUAUACCUGGGACAGCCUGUUCGAAGACUGACAUACUUGUAUUUUUCCUCUUUCACGCUAAUAAAACACACUCAUCAUAAUAUUUGGAGAUA